AUGCGUACGCUUUUCACUGCGGAAUUGACGUUCCUUCAUCGGCAACCUUCCCAUUCUUGUGUUCGCUCACCCGUACAGGAAGGCGAUCGUUACUUAUACAAGAAAUGCUGCUCAAUACAGGGGAAAGGUGGAGGGAAGGCUUGGGAUGGAGAAGGGACUGGCAUGGGAUCAAGCCCAUGUGCCCCACGUCUUAUCUCACAUGCUCCAGCAGAAGUAUUCUUCCACACAAGAGCUGAUGCUGACUAUGUAGUUUUGCCUUGUUCCGCUGAAGGAAACCCUUCACCUGAGAUUACGUGGUUUAAGAACGACAUCGAUGUGGUAAGUUAUUUACUUAUAAUUUUAGUUGACAUUAGAACCCAAAAAUUACGUCAAUGCCUUCAAUUACAAAAGAAAUCUUGCCCUGCCAAAGAAAAUGCUUGAAA